AGCAAGGAUUAGGAUCCCCCCUCCCUUUGGGUAGCUCUUGGCUUUCAGUUUUCAACCUUCUAUUCUCUUUCCUUCCAUAAUACUACAAAUUUACAGAUUUUAAGGUGCAAUGGAAUCCUAAUAAAUACAUAAACAUGGGCUUUGUCAGAAUUCCUUGGAUCUCCCCUUUUCUCUCUCUCUCUCUCACUCUUAGCCUUCUUCUUACCAAAUUAAUAUCACUCCCCUUUUAAUCUUUUAUUACCAGAUUAAUUCUAAAUUUGGAUUUCAAAGAAUUAAAGAUGAGAGACAUGGUUACUUGUUUCAGCGAACACGCCGUUCGGGUAUCCGAAACAACGUGUUCGAGUUACAUUAACCAAGAUCAACCAUGUCUUCUUUCUCAUUCUCAUAAUCAAACACCUUCUGUUCCAAAUGCUGUGAUUUAUCUCUACAAAACUGAUCUUGUUACUAAUCAAAACCAGUUCAUGAUCACGGUCACAUGGUGCCGGAACCAGUUGGGUCAAGGCGGUCUUACUAUUAACUUCGGUGACGACUCAUCUUCUGCAUCAUUUAAACUCAACACAUUUUCUCGCCUUUUCCGUAAAAAGAAAGGCCAGAAAUCGUUCGAAAUCGAAUCUCUGAAGCUGGAUGUAUACUGGGAUCUAUCUUCUGCUACUUACCACUCAGGCCCGGAACCUGUAGAUGGUUAUUACGUCAUCAUAACUGUCGACUCACAAGUCUCUUUAGCUCUUGGUGAUCUCGCUCAAGAAGCCAUCACCAAGAGACUAAAAACAGACAUAAUGUUAAAAUCAGUUCAACUUGUUUCUCGAAGAGAGCAUUACUCUGGAAAUGCCUCUGUAUACUCAACUAAAGCGCAGUUUUGCGAUUCAGGAAUCAAUCAUGAGAUUAUGAUUCGGUGUAGCGAAGAUAGUGAGAAGCUGAAACAGCCAGUUCUGUAUGUAAGUAUUGAUAAGAGAACAGUGAUUAAAGUCAGGAGGUUGCAGUGGAAUUUCAGAGGGAAUCAGACGGUGUUCGUUGAUGGAUUACUGGUUGAUCUGAUGUGGGAUGUUCAUGACUGGUUUUUCAAUCCGGUUUCAGGUUCUGCAGUAUUUAUGUUCAAAACUAGAACUGGUGGUGAAAGUAGGCUUUGGUUGGAAGACAAAUUGUUACAAAAACAUCAACAAGGUGUUGAAUUUUCUUUGCUCAUAUAUGCUACUAAGAGUCCUUAGAACCAUUUUAUUUUAUUUUAUUUAUUAUAAUCUUUUAUUACUUUCUUCUCAUUUUUAAUUAACAUUCAACUUUUGUAAUUUCUUGUUGAAUAUAGAUAUGAAUUAUUUAAUGCUGCCAAAGAAGAACAAUAAUAGGAGUAAAUACAUAUUGAUUCUUUUACUUUAA